AUGGGCCUUGCUCUGCUCCGCCUGCUGACCUUCGCCUGGGCGCUGACGCUGGGAGGUGCCACGGACGCGCAGUUCGACGAGCUGAUCGGGCCGCGCACGGUCACCCACGGCCUGGCCAACUUCACCGGCUACGGCUGCCACUGCGGCCCCGGCACCCGGGGACCCGUCCUGGACAAGAUCGACAAGUGUUGCCGCGGCCACGACUGCCGCUACGACAAGGCCGAGAUGUUCGGCUGUGCCCCCGGCACGCACACCUACAGAUAUUACUCCCUACCAGGCAAGAUCAAGUGUGUGAAAACCCGCUAUCGCUGCGAGAAGAUGGCCUGCGAGUGCGACCAGAAGGCGGCCAAGUGCUUCGGGAAACACCCGUUCGUCUACGACCCGCAGCGACUGCGUUUCCCCAGCCUCGUCUGCUCUGGGCCGCUACCCUUCUGCUAA